AUGAAUAAAACAGGCAAUGGCUAUUCAGCUUCCAUGAGAAAUGGAAUGAAGAAACAAGAUUAUCAAAAGAAUCUUCAAAGUCGAAAUGAUGCAAUAGGAAGUGAUCUUUGGACAGAUGGACUUAUUUGUGCUUUUGAAUAUGUUGAAGGCCAAGGUAAAACAGGUCAGCAGAAAUCCCCUGCAAAGCUCUGGUCUGCACAAUAUGGUUCGAAAGAAGCUUCUAGAAGGCGGAUCUAUGCAUAUGAACCCGAAAACUCUUUGAUCGAAAAUGCCAGUUCUAACAAUAUAGCUUACUUCCCGAUCUUGAAAGAGUCUGCAGUAACAGUUAAAGAUGCAUCAUAUGAAAACCCUUGUACCAGAAAUCUCAGUCCCGGGGAAGAGUUCCCAAGAUCGUAUUGGAAACCGAUUGGUUGGGGCAGAGUUUAUGAACUGGUCCAGAUGCUGCAAGUUGAUGGUGGAUGGGACUCUCAGCCAAUUGAGCUGUCAGAGAAUGAAGAUGAAGUGACUAUUGCAGAUCUAGCAGCUCCUUACUGGGAAAGGCCAUCUGGUCCGACUUGGUGGUGUCAUGUUGCGGCAGAUCACCCAGCGAUAAAUGCAUGGUUAAGUACAGCUCCCUGGCUGCAUCCUGCUAUAAGUGUUGCUUUGCGAGAUGAAAGUAGGCUGAUAAGCGAGCGUAUGAAGUACCUAUUUUAUGAGGUUCCUGUCAUUGUUGCUGGUGGACUGUUAUUUGAGCUAUUGGGACAGUCAGCUGGUGAUCCUCUAGCAGAAGAAGAUGACAUCCCAAUUGUUCUAAGAUCAUGGCAUGCACAAAACUUUUUAAUAACAGCAUUGCAUGUCAAAGGGUCUGCAUCAAACAUCAAUGUCUUAGGUAUUGCAGAAGUUCAGGAAAUGCUUAUUUCUGGAGGCACUAAUAUCCCAAGAACUAUCCAUGAGGUUAUAGCACAUCUCACUUGUCGCCUCGCAAGAUGGGAUGACAGGUUGUUUCGGAAAGAAAUUUUUGGUGAAGCAGAUGAAAUUGAGUUGAAGUUUAUGAACAGGAGGAACCACGAGGAUCUGCAUCUUUUCACAAUAAUUCUGAACCAGGAGAUCAGAAGGUUGUCGACGCAGGUCAUAAGAGUGAAAUGGUGUCUCCAUGCAAGAGAAGAGAUUGUGUUUGAGCUUCUUCAACAUUUGAGAGGGAAUGCAACAAGGGUAUUGCUCAAUGGAGUGAGAAAGAGUACGAGGGAAAUGAUUUCAGAGCAAGAGGCGGUUCGCGGUCGCUUAUUUACAAUUCAAGACGUCAUGCAGAGUACAGUUCGCGCAUGGUUACAGGAUAGAAGUCUCACCGUGUCACAUAAUUUAGGAAUCUUUGGUGGCUGUGGCCUUAUUCUUUCUGUCAUCACCGGACUUUUCAGGAUCAAUGUGGAUGGAAUACCUGGAAACAACGACAAUUCCCCGUAUGCAUUUCUUAUAUUUUCUGGUAUCCUCGUGUGUCUAGGAGUAGCUUUAAUUUCCAUUGGUCUGCUCUAUCUGGGGCUGAAGAAACCAAUCAUUGUGAGGAUGUUGAGGUGAGAAAAUUAGAGCUGGAGGAGCUGGUUAGGAUGUUUUAA